UAGCGCUUAGUGCAGCCCUGUAUCUUCAGCACAAUAAUAACAGAAAGAUUUAAGAAUUUUGGAAAACUCGAAAGCGAUGGAAAUGCAGGCGGUAUUGCAACAUUUGUACAGUGGAGGCGGUGGGAUGCCAAUGAUGAUGCAGCCAUACCCCAGCCCCUCUAUGGGGAUGGGCCUCAACGGCAACGGAUUCGGAGUGCCCAUGCCGCAUCCCUUCAAUCCCUUUGGAACGCCACCGAGCGACGCCUUCGAUCCGGCUGGAGAAGACCUGGACGACGAGGAUGACGAGGACCAGCGCACCCUAUUCUGCGGUAAUCUCGACGAGCGCGUGACGGAAGAGAUACUGUACGAGGUUUUUCUACAAGCCGGUCCGAUAGAGCACGUCCGCAUCCCCGUGGACAAGAUGGGCGGCCGUCAGCGGAACUUCGGCUUCGUUACGUACCAGCACCUGUGCGCGGUGCCCUUUGCCCUUGACCUGUACCAGGGUUUGGAGCUCUUCGAGAAGAAAGUGACGAUCAGGCCGCAAGGAGCUGACAAACCCAAGCAGCAGGCGAACUUUCCCCAGGGCCGUCUCGGCAACACCCUGGCGCAAGAGUCGCCCGGAAAGCCCUCGCCGCCCCACUCCGCACGACACGGCUUGCAUGGCGCCAAGCCCUAUGACCGACACUCUGGUGGCAAGAACGGCGACCAGCGGCGGCGCAGCGACAGCUCGGUGAUGGAACGCAACCGCCCGCGGAACCACUCCCAGCAGCACUACCAGAACCAGCACAUGAAGGGCGGCAAUCGACGGUCGGAUCAGCGGCACAACAACCAGCGGAGAAUCUAGGACUAGUCUCUAUUCCUUUAUUUAAUCUUAGGGUAGAUCUUAUGGGCAUUUAGUAUCUAAAUAGAUAUGUAUUAACUUA